GAUUUCAGACUGUUAUGAAUUGUGAGAAUUUGUACCAAUCGAGUAAUGCCCGUGUCCAAUCUAGAUGCCCUCAUCAAAGAGUCUGUCAGCGGCGAGACGCUUGCCGCCGCACCGUUUGAACAAACCGUGAAAAUAUCUCUAUCCAAUAUCAAUCCUAAUAAACCCACUCUCUCGAAUUGCAGUGCAUCAAGCUCAGGUGUUCGAAGUCUCAUUAACUCAUCGAUAGACUUCGAGAAAAACGAGUCAACAGAAAAUCCGCUCUAUGAUGCUCUGGAGCGAAACCCGAACAUCAUACACGUUUCUAGGAAAGAAGAUAUGUUCAAACCUUUCUCGUAUUUCAGCCGAAACAGCAGUAGUUCAAAUAGUAGUUCGAACAGCAGUCAAAGUAGCCAGAAUUCAUUGAACGGAUUCCGGAAGGAUCUCUGCAACGGGAAAUCUGCAAAUCAUCAAGUGAAUGAUGAUGUUCCACUUCCCAAGUUCCACCUCUUCCAAGGUCAGAUUGACGUCAAUUGGAGGAACCGCGGAUUACAAGCGGGCAGUGGGUUGCACAAUCAAGGAAACACCUGUUUCCUAAACUCAGUACUUCAAUGUUUAGCUUACACGGCGCCUCUGUAUAAUGUGCUUGUAGAUGAUAAUCACGCGGCCAAAGCGUGUAAGAUCCAGAGCCAAAACUGCAUGUUGUGUGAGGUGCAAAGAACUGUGAAAAGAAUAUUCGAUCACCCUCAAAACGCAAUCAGUCCGAACUCAAUUGUCCAUCGAAUUCGAGAAAUCGGCAAGUGUUUUCACCCAGGUAGACAAGAAGAUGCGCACGAGUUUUUGAUUCAUUUUUUUGAGUCGAUGCAAAAAGCGUGUCUGAACAAUAAGCCCAAGUUAGAUAAUUACACACAAUCGACAAGUCUUUUGCACCAAAUAUUCGGAGGAUAUUCUCGCAGUCAAGUUAUCUGUUCAAAAUGUCACAAUCGAAGUAAUACAUACGAGACCUUUCUUACGUUGUCAAUAGAUGUCCAACAUUGCCAAAGUAUCCGAGAUAGCUUGGGACGUUAUACAAAGAAAGAGUUUCUAGGAAAUGCGAACCUCUACAAAUGUGAAAAAUGCAAGCAGAAAGUGGAAGCGACACGGAGAGUAACGUUUCACAGACUGCCGAAAAUUUUGGUUCUUCAUUUGAAAAGGUUCAAUUAUAAUGGCCUUAAUAUGAAACUGAGUAAACAUUUGAACUUUCCAGACAUCCUUGAAAUGAAUCAUUUCUUAAGCGAAGGUGUAAGUCGCGCAGGAGCUCAGUAUCAAUUAUACGCAGUCUUGGUUCACUCGGGUUUUUCAUCGCAUUCAGGUCAUUACUACUGCUUCGUUAAAGCCCCCAAUGGUAUGUGGUAUAAAUGCAAUGAUUCCCAUGUCUCAAAAUGUAGUGUUAAUAUGGCAAUGCAAUCAGAAGCCUACAUGCUCUUUUACUCCCAGAAACAACCGCCUCAGCAGAAAAAUGAGCCCUCAGAUAACACCUCGUUGUCAUCAAAAUCACCUUUGUCAGAAUCAAAUAAAAUAGCUGAUUCAAUGAGUAAAUCGCCAAUAAUGAACGGAAAAGCUCAUCAUUUGGGUCCGAAACAAAAACUGUCGCUGGAUGGUUUGACCAAUGGUAUCCGCGAGCAUCAUAAGCCGACACUGGAAACAUUUCCAAAAGUCGGAGCAAGUGCUGUCAAAAACAGUACAACUAACAGUGAUCGUGACUCUAUAUCGACGAGUUCAACUUCCACGGGGCUGAAGACAUCGUCGUCGACUGUUAAACCGACUUUGAGCUUCAAGAUUCCGAAGCGGUCCGAGGAAAACGAAGCAAACGAUAUGAACAAUUCGAAGAUGUUACAGAAUGCAAAUGAGAAUCUAUUACAGAAGUGUCACAGCUACAGUAAUGUCCAGAAACCGGCGACUGAGUCUUCGUCGUUAUCGUCGAGUUCUAGUUCGGGCUACGACAGAUUGCACCCAUUUGCAUCUUCUGAAAGUGUGAACGGAAAAGGAAGUGAAAAGUCAAAAAGUGUUCUGCAAAAUGGCAAAGGAGCGGAAAGAAGUACAACUCUGGUGUCAUAUGCAUUGGCCGAAGACUCGGACGGCAGUGACAGUGACGACAGCGGUGAUGAUGAUAAUCAAGAGAGGGAGAGAGAGUAUAGAAAGAAAGAGGUAGUGAAGAUGAGCGAAGAAGACGGACAACCACGGCGCAAAAUGGCCAAGAUAGAUUGUACCGAAGCACAAAACAAAGUGACAAAUGACGACAAUUCUUCGACAAUAUCUUCUAACCUCAGUUUCUUCACAAGCAGCGGAAGCAAUUCGGCCACAGACUUGUCGGAAAGAAGCAACACCAGUGCCAAAAAUGCGCAAGAAGGGAAAGCGAAGACCUCAAAAUACUUCAAUUGCGAUCAAGUUGACAGAACUAAAUUGUCUUUAAAAAAUGGACGUUCGAAAUCUGGAAUCAACUCAGCCCCUGCAUCUCCGAGAUAUGGCACUGAUUCGCUAUUCCUGAGAUCUAAUGGAGCGUCGAUGAUAUCACAAAAUGGUUCAAUUAAUACGGAUCUCACGCAAAAUGGAUGUUCGGAUCUGAGCGGCGAGACGUUAUGUCCAUUGGAAAAUGCGGGAAGUCGUAUGCUAGAUGGAUCUAUGAGCGAUACAAACGGAGGUGCGAGGAGUCCUUCAGUUUCCUCAAACGAGUCGAAAAGCUCAAUGGGAUCAACUAAGAAAGCAUCGCAACUUCAAAAGUUCAAAGAAAAGGUGAAGCAGCGGUUCAAAUCUACCAAGUUCAAAAACGGUACAGCGUCUCCCGCGAAAAGAGAAGUGACUAUUUCCACGGUUAACUCUGACAGCCCUGUUGAAAACGAAAAUAAAGGAAAUAUGUCGAAUAGAUUUGCAGCAAGUCCCUACGACGAGCACAAUUACGUCCAGUAUAAACAUAACAACAUCAGCAACAUUAACAAUACGAAAACUGAUUGCCCUUCAGAUUCGAAAAGCGAAAAUUUCAGACCUCCAUUCCAAGGUCAUAAAAUGGCUGCCAUUAAUGGGGGCAGCUCAAUCACUUGGAAUGAAAGAUCGGGAUCACCGCCCAGCUCUCAGAAUCGAAUGAAAACUCAGCCCGUACCUGUGCCCAAAAACAGCAUGCGACCUUCGAGUCUGAAUUCAGGGCGGGACUUGAGCCUAACUCAAACGCAGAGUUUUGACCUUGUGGGUCAUUUAACGCAGCAAGCUGUAACUAAAUCAUGGAACGGAGAACAUCUGAGCGCUUCUGUGAACCUAAAUAAAAGCUUCUCCUAUGGAAGCAAUGGGUUUGCAGGUGCCACUAGCAGGUAUUAUGACGAUUUCGACGAGGAAGUAGAUCGCGGUAACUGUCGAAAACGAAAGAGCGACGCCACUUUUAACCGAAAUAACAACUAUAACCACAACAAUAAUUAUAUCGAGUCAAGAGGUAACUAUAAAGGCGGUUUCUACAAUCACAACGAACACUGGUACCAACAUGAUCGAAACAUGAAUAAGUUCCAGAGUUUCCACGAUAAUAGACAUAAAAAUCGCGGGUUCAAUAACCACUUUGACAAUAGAAACAGGGGUUCUUACAGUUAUAAUAAGUUCCAUUAACCCAUAAAACUGAAAAUAAAAACUUCUUCAUUGAUUUGUCAUUCAGAUUUAUGCUUCUCUUAUGUCUUAGGAUCUCAAGAAGAUUUAUUGCAAAUUAUCCUUUCUCGUGAUUAAAGUAGCUCCAAUAUUAUGAAAGUGUAUUUCAAAUUUGCAUUCUGCCAUAAUGAUGGAUGUCAAUAGAUUGUUUCAAACAUCA